CCGACGCGACCAGUUCGCAUCGCCAGGAGGGGAGCGAGUGAGAGUGUGUUGCAAGGAUGAGCGGAGCUUGCGUGGUCAGAAUUGCAUUUCACAGCCCCCGUUACGCUCGCCCUCAUGCAACGCCGUGAACGCCUCGUGCCUCCAGCUCCAUUUCGAAUGCUGAGGCUCCCCUUACGAUGCAGUAUCGCUCAUUGGAGAGUAAGUGAUUUCAGGGGUUAUUGUUUGAUUUGUUGGAGUGAGUGAGAAGGGGAAAGCAAUCUAUCUAUCCUUGUUGAUAUUGUCCGUGGAGCGUCUCGGUUUCUGGGCGGUGAAACGUAUCUCGACGAACUCGAUGUAAAGAGACUCGAUAGUCUAAAUUUUGGUUUGUGUUUGGAGCAAGAACUUAAUUGCCGACGACGGCACUGACCAAGUGUAUACGGUGGCCAUAGCUAGCACGAUGUAACCCUGGGCCUUCUCGUGGCCGUCCUCGGACGUGCUGUGUUCUAUUACUACUUCCCGCUUAGAAAGUGUCCCCUGCAAAUUCUGUGUCCGUAUUUGGCAGGCUUAUCGAGUGCUGUUAACAGGUUGUCGUCUCCUUCUUCGCAAUGACGCUUACUACUGGUUUCAGAAAUAUGGCCACCUCCAAAAGUAAAUUACCUGCAGCGCCAGAAGUUUCUCCACUUUCUCUACCGACGGUGCAAACCCCAUAUUAUCCUGACCAAUUGAAUGAAGAGUACGAUUUUUCUGACGUCUUUGGCCAUGUACAGCCUCAUAAUACUCCCCCGCUGCUCGUUGUUGCUGAGGAUGUAGACACAAUUGAAUGGGGCCCUGAGCUACUGCAAGAUCCUGUGGUCGUAUACUCUCGAUCGCACUCUCUCGUUGGACCAUCUCCAAAGCUCAGCUUAACCAGAUCACACAACAAAUCUGCCUGUGAUGAGCAGGGCUCCUCAUCAGCUAUUGAGGAGGCCAUUUCCUUGUCCACUGUUGGUUCAUUGACUUCUAAGAUGACGGGGCUAGCGCUUAGUGAUUCCGGGGACAGUGGCAGUGAACGAGAAUGUGAUGAGCAUUUACCGAAGGAGCUUGAGAAAGGUAAUGGAGUGGAGAAAUUAGGUCCUCAGGAUUUUGAGCUCCUGAGAGUCGUUGGUCAAGGCGCAUUUGGUAAAGUUUUUCAGGUUCAAAAGAAGGGCACUUCGGAAAUCUACGCUAUGAAGGUUAUGAGAAAGGAAAAGAUAAUUGAGCGAAACCACGGGGACUACAUGAAGGCAGAAAGAGACAUUCUCACCAAGGUGGUUCAUCCCUUCAUCGUGCAGCUGCAAUACUCUUUUCAGACAAAGUCCAAGCUCUACUUGGUCCUUGACUUUAUUAACGGUGGACAUCUUUUUUUCCAGCUUUUUCGUCAAGGAACCUUCAACGAGGAUUUGGCACGCAUGUACACUGCGGAGAUAGUGCUGGCUGUUGCACACCUUCAUGAGAAUGGAAUCAUUCAUCGGGACUUGAAACCUGAGAACAUCCUUCUAGAUGCUGAUGGUCAUGUUAUGCUCACUGACUUUGGACUAGCUAAGGAGGUGAAGGAAGACAGUCACUCAAAUUCACUCUGUGGGACUAUAGAAUACAUGGCACCUGAGAUUAUUCUUUCAAAAGGGCAUGGUAAAGCAGCUGAUUGGUGGAGUGUCGGCAUCCUACUUUAUGAGAUGCUCACUGGUCAGCCUCCUUUUACGCAAAAAAACAAGCAGAAGCUGCAGCAGAAGGUCAUCAAAGACAAAAUCAAGUUACCAACAUACUUGACUGCGGAUGCAAACAACCUCCUGAAAGGGCUGCUGCAGAAAGAUCCAAGUAAACGACUUGGAAAUGGCCCCACUGGGAGUAGGGACGUAAAGCAGCACAAGUGGUUCAAAAAUAUCAAUUGGCGCAAGCUUGAAAUGCGCGAAGUUACGCCAAAGUUUGUUCCUGCCGUGAAUGGCAAGCAGUGCACUGCGAACUUUGAUGAGAUGUGGACAAUGUUGCCCAUCGACGAUUCUCCAGCCGGGACUCCGAAGACUACUGAUCAUGACUUUUUUCAGGGUUAUACGUAUGUUUCCCCAAAUGUGUGGCUCCAGGGUGACGAUUCCUCAUGAUUCAUAGCAAGUCGCACACUUUGUAAGCGAUUUCCUUCGAGGUGUGCAGUAAGCACCUAUUAUAGCACAAUGGGAUUGGAUCGAUCUGAUUAUUAUUCUACUCUUCUAUACCGUUCAUCCCUAUCCAUAGUUUUCACAGGACUCCAAAGUACGCGUCUCUCAAUAAUAUGUUGAUUGAGGAUUAAUUAGAGCAUCCAAUUUUAGUCCCCAUUUUCUAAUAUCUUUUAUGCAGACAAAAAGUCGGUCGUUCUAUGCGUUGGGAAUAUUUAAAUGUUUCAAUCUCGUAUAUGUCAUAGAAUUUUCUGAACUGGACAUAUUUCUAAACCUGCUAUUUUGAUAAUUUGGGGCUUGGAAGCACCAAUUAAUUCUUCUGUAAUACAAGCUAAUUUUCUUUGAUGAGAUAUACAUGCUUUUGAGGUUA